AGAAGGAAAGGUGGGAGUUAUUUCCAGGGUAAUUUUGGCAAAAGGAACCUUCAUUAUGAACAUGGAGGAUAUGAGAGUCCGCAUUCCCACCGCAAGGAAGGUGAUGGAGACAUGGAGAUGAGGUAUUUCCACAAGGACCCCCAAGUAAGACACGCUCCUUAUACCAUCCAACGCAAAAGGAGGAGAGUGAAUUGGCAUUAUGAAGACCAAACCCAUCUCACUACAUGGAGACAUAGAAUACCUCCAGGGAGAGAAGUGGGGGAGAACACACAAGGCAGAACCAUGGGGAACUGGUUCAUGAUCACAAUUCCUUACGGGAUAAAGUAUGACAGGACGUGGCUCCUGAAUUCAAUCCAGAGCCAUUGCAGUGUCCCCUUCACCGCGGUCGAUUUCCACUACUUCAAAAACAGGGCCCAGUUCUUUGUCCAGGAUGCCGGUACUGCCUCCGCAUUGAGGGAUGUCAGCUACAAGAUUUGCGAUGAGCAGAACCGAAAGGUAUCUAUCUUUGUCAGUCCUUCUGCUGUACCCUACUCUGUGCAAAAUAAGUUGAAGCCAGAACAAGUGGAGCAGCUAAAGCUGACCAUGAACAAACGAUAUGAUGUCUCCCAGAAAGCUCUUGACCUCCAGAAGCUCCGCUUUGACACAGACUUGGUGGGGCGUGAUGUGGACAUAGUCCUGAAUCGAAGAAACUGCAUGGCUGCCACCCUGCAGAUCAUUGAGAGAGAUUUCCCUGAGUUAUUGUCCUUGAACUUGCGCAACAACAAACUGUACCGGCUGGAUGGCCUGUCUGACAUUAUAGAGAAGGCCCCCAAAGUCAAGAUCCUGAACCUGUCCAAAAAUGAGCUGACGUCAGUGUCGGAGUUGGACAAGAUCAAAGGGCUAAAGCUGGAAGAGCUGUGGCUAGAAGGGAACCCCUUGUGCAGCACCUUUCCAGACCACUCCGCCUACAUAAGUGCCAUCCGGGAUUGUUUCCCCAAAUUGUUACGCCUGGAUGGCCAAGAGUUAUCUCCACCAAUUAUUGUUGACAUUGAGGUCCCUGAGUUAAUAAAACCCUGCAAGGAAAGCUAUAAGGGAUCUGAGACACUAAAGAGUCUAAUCCUGCAAUUCCUGCAGCAGUAUUACUUGAUCUUUGACUAUGGAGACCGACGGGGUCUUCUGGAUGCUUACCACGAGGAGGCCUGCUUCUCCCUGACUAUUCCCUGCAACCCCAAGGACCCAGCUUCGAGCACCUUGUGCGAGUACUUCAAAGAAAACAGGAAUCUGAAAAUGCUCAAGGACCCCUUCCUGCGGAGGCUGCUGCUGAAGCACACAAAACGUGACAUCGUGGACUGUCUCAGCGUGUUGCCCAAAACUCAGCAUGACCUCAGCUCCUUCCUGGUGGAUGUGUGGUUCCAAACAGAAAGGAUGCUCUGCUUUUCUGUCAGUGGGGUAUUCAAGGAAGUGGAAGGAAGGUUUCAGGGAUGUUUUCGUGCCUUCACCCGGAUCUUCAUCUCUACCCCUGCCAGCGAUGCCACUCUGUACAUUGUGAAUGAUAAGCUGAUUCUGAGGAAUGCCAGCCCCAAGGAGAUCCAGAGCGCCUUAUUCAUCUCAGUGCCUACACCCAGAUCCAGCUCCCUGCUCACCAUAUCCCAGGAGCAGAAAAAAAUGGUGCAGGUUUUCUCCAUGCAUUCUGGGCUGAAACUCGAGUGGUCUCACAAGUGCCUUCAGGACAACGAGUGGAACUACACCAGAGCUGGCCAGAUCUUUACUCUGCUCCAGGCCAAGGGCAAGAUCCCAGAGGAGGCCUUCCAACAAUUCCCAUGA